AUGAAAGUUCCAAAAGUUACUAGUAUUCUCCUAGUUGUUUUACUUUCGCUUUCGUUUUUAAACUUUAUAUUAAAAUAUUACACUUACUUUGUCCUAAUGGUUUCAUCUUCCAAAAAACUAACAUCCGAUGCAAACGCUAUUGCUCAAGAAACCGGCGACGUACCACAUCCUCAUGAAUUAUUUGUUCCAUUGCUUACAUUUAUUCCAACAAAAUCACCUGUUAUUACCAGGCCAUGGGUAAUUUUGACAAGUAGCUUUAUAGAAGAAAACUUUAUCGGGUUAACUAUGAGCUUUAUGUUACUUUUCUAUCUUGGGAAAUACUUAGAGAAUAUGUGGGGAUCAAGAGAAUACUCUAAGUUUAUUUUGAUCAAUAUUGUUGUUACGAAUAUUUCAAUUUAUUUGUAUUAUACAUUGAAUUCAAUAAUUUUCCACUUUGAUACUGCUCCUCCAGUAGUGAUAUCAUCUAUGGGGAUAAACAUGGGAUUAUUUGUUGCCAUUAAACAAAGAAUUUCUAAUCACUAUUUCCUAUUCUUCAAAGGAAACCUUAGAAUACGUGUUUCGUAUUUGCCAUUCAUUUUACUAGUUGCAUGUUUCUCAUUACAAUUAUUAAGUGACGAUUUUAAGAUAUCAUUUAUUUUAUGUCUCAUGGAUUUCAUAAUAAGCUGGACUUACUUACGAUAUUUCAAAAUAGGUACAAAUGAAAGACAAUCCUAUUUGUUGCCAUUUGCGAUCAACAGAAAAAAGUCCAAUAAAAGCAAAUUUAAAUUUACACCUGUCAGUAAUACUAGUAAUAAGACACUUGUUAUAGACAAUCAUACAUCAUCCUUGCAUCUUGAUAGUACUCCAUUAAGAGGUGAUAGAUCAGAACAAUUUUCUUUUUACACUUUCUUUCCGGCUCCUUUAUCUUUAUUAAUGAAAGUGCCUACAACAUUAAUCUUUAAUAUCUUUACUCACUAUAAAAUUCUAAAUGAAAAAGAUUUUCCGGAAUACGAAGAUGACGAUACGGACAAGUUAAUGUUUGAAGACAUUGAUAAUUUGCAAUCAAAUUUAUUUGGGUUAUCUUCAUUGAAAGGCGCUCAAGAUGUUUCGCCAAUUCGUAAUGCUAGUUCUAAGUUGAAAACCAUUUGGGACUGGCUAGUCAGUAAUCAAAAGGCAAAAGUCGGGAUAAAAAAUAGUAUGGAUAAGAGAAGAAAGUUAGCAUUAAAAGAAUUGGAAUAG